AUGCCAGGUGCACUGCUUCCUAGCCACUUUUCUUUACAUUUCAGCAUUAGGCCGAAUGUGAUUGCUUUCCCAAAAUACCAAGCGACCACGUCAGACCACGAGAAAGCACGUUCAUCCAUCUGCCUCGAUGCCAACGAGAAUUCCGCUGGUUCGUGUCUGGUGCCCGUGCCAAGGUAUGAACCUUGCAUCCCGAGUGCGCUCAACCAUGGUACACCGCAGGGACCUAUCGGUCUAAAGAAUCUGCAUCGAUAUCCGUCGGCAUCUCAGGCCUCCCUGCGUCGGCAGGUCGCGCAGUGGCGAGGUUUAGAUUCCCCUGACCAAGUUGGUCUUGGAUCUGGUGCUUCAGACGUCAUCGAAGUCAUUAUACGAAUGACAUGCACCCCUGGUCAAGACAAGAUCCUGCUCUCACCUCCCACAUUUGAUCUGUACAAGGUUUGCGCAACCCUUCAAGGUGUCGAAGUGGAGGAGUGCAUGCAGGAUAUAGCUCAAGAUGGGACGUUUCGCAUCCCAGUGGAGCAGAUCUGCACCGCACUGUCGGAGGACGAUCGCAUCAAAGUUCUGUUGCUAGCAUCACCCGGAAAUCCCACAGGCACGUUGAUUCCAGUGGAUCAGAUACAGCGCAUACUUGACCUGGAAGCCUUCAAAGGCAUCGUCGUAAUUGACGAAGCCUACAUAGAUUUUGCACCAAUGGCAAAGGAAGCCUCAGCUGUUCAGCUCUUGCCAAGGUACAAUAAUCUAAUCGUAGUUCAAUCUCUGAGCAAAUCUCAUGGACUCGCUGGAAUCAGGGUCGGUAUGGCUAUUGCGCAUCCUGCCAUCAUAGAGCUUUUCUCAAAGGUGCAAAUGCCAUACAAGCUGUCAAGUGUAGUCUUAGAUCUUGCCGAACGAGCGCUCUCAACAGAGGGACAGGCUUGUGCGAUCGCACUGCAGCACCAGGUCAUGACUCAACGAGAAUGUCUGGUUAAAAUGCUCGCGGACCCUUUACUUGCCUCCAAUGGCAUUGGCGCUACAAUUGGAGGCCAAGCUGCAAACUUUGUGCUGAUUCCAAUUCUUGUUGGGGAAGAACGAGACGAUAUGCGAGCUCGGCAGCUGACGCAGCAACUCCGAGAUCGGCACGGUAUUUCUAUCCGAUAUGUUGGUGCGCAAGCUGGUUGUAGAGGUUGUGUGAGGAUUACGGUGGGUACGAAGGAUGAGACGGAUGCGCUACGAAAAGCCCUCCACACCUUGCUUUUGGAAUAA